AUGGACCCAGAAGCAAUUGAGACAAAGACAGCUGUAAUAAUACAUUUUGUCAACCAGGCGGCGCCAGACAUUAAGAAAAAGUUACAGAAAGUAGAUAGGUUAGGAGAAAAGAGUAUUCAGGAUUUAGUGACAGUGGCAGAGAAAGUGUAUAACAAUAGAGAAACCACAGAGGAGAAACGAGAAAAAGCUGAUGACCGCCAGACCCGAAACUUAGCUCGGAUCCUUCUGGCUGCCACUGCGGGAGAGCAAAAGGAACAUGAACGUAGACUAAGAAAGAUUGCUGUGGAAGGAGAAGGCAAGGGGAGACGCAGAGAGCAUCCCCAGUUAGGAAAAAAUCAAUGUGGGGGACGGGGUUUGGCACCCCUUCCCGAGCCCAGGGUAACCCUAAAAGUGGAGGGGAGACCUGUCGAGUUCCUAGUGGAUACAGGGGCUCAACAUUCAGUCCUACUUGAACCAUGUGGCCAUGUUUCUGAUAAAUCCUCCUGGGUUCAGGGAGCUACAGGCAUGAAAAAGUAUUCAUGGACUACCAAAAAAACAGUGGACUUGGGAGUGGGCUGGGUAACCCACUCAUUUAUGGUUAUACCAGACUGCCCCUACCCCUUAUUGGGAAGAGACUUGCUCACUAAAUUAGGGGCCCAAAUCCAUUUUCAACCCAGAGGCACAAAAGUUCUUAAUCAGGAGAGAAAACCCAUCCAGGUGCUAACCAUAAGCUUAGAAGAUGAAUAUCUGCUACACCAGAAGAGGGUCCCUCCUGAUCCUGACAUGGAACAAUGGCUCACCAUGUUCCCACAAGCAUGGGCAGAGACUGGGGGCAUGGCACUGGCUGCGCACAGAGCACCAGUGUUUGUAGAGAUAAAACCUGGAGUGGACCCUGUGCGGGUCCGCCAAUAUCCUAUGCCCCUAGAGGCCCAGAAGGGAAUAACUCCACACAUCAGAAGGUUGCUUGCUCAGGGGAUUCUUAGGCCUUGUCAAUCAGCCUGGAACACCCCCUUGUUGCCGGUGCAGAAACCUCAUUCAAAUGACUAUUGGCCAGUGCAGGACCUCCGAGAAGUAAACAAGAGGGUUAUGGACAUCCACCCCACAGUGCCUAAUCCAUACACCCUUCUGAGUUCACUUCCCCCAAGCCAUCAAUGGUACACUGUCUUGGAUCUCAAAGAUGCUUUUUUCAGCCUUCUGCUGGCACCCAAAAGCCAACACAUCUUUGCAUUUGAAUAGAGUGACCCGGAACAAGGUCUCAGCGGACAGCUGACAUGGACCCGAUUACCCCAAGGGUUCAAAAAUUCUCCCACCAUCUUCGAUGAGGCCCUACAUGAAGACCUGGGUGAGUUUCGCCUCCAAAACCCCCAAUUGACUCUGUUGCAAUAUGUAGAUGAUCUCCUCAUAGCAGCUGAAAUGCGGGAAGACUGCCUAAGUGGAACCAAGAAACUCUUGAUGGUCAUAGGGGAACUGGGGUACCGGGCAUCUGCCAAAAAGGCCCAGAUCUGCAAACCCGAGGUAAGCUACUUGGGGUACAUGCUUAAAGAGGGGCAAAGAUGGCUGUCGGAUGCUAGAAAAGAGACAGUUCUUAAGAUACCCACACCAGAUUACCCGGACUUAGAGGCUCCGCUUCAUGACUGCACAGACAUCCUGGCUCAGGUGCAUGGAAUUCGAACUGAUCUGAGAGACCAACUGUGGCCAGAUGCAGAUAAUACCUGGUACAGUGAUAGGAGCAGCUUUGUCUGCAAUGGCCACAGGUAUGCUGGGGCAGCUGUGGUAACAGAGACUGAGGUCAUUUGGGCAGAACCAUUGCCCACCGGGACCUCAGCACAAAGGGCAGAGCUCGUAGCUCUGACCAAAACAUUGACUCUAGGACAGGGCCAAAAGUUAAACAUAUACACAGAUAGCUGGUAUGCCUUUGCCACUGCACACGUCCAUGGGGCCAUCUACAGGGAAAGGGGGCUACUGACGGCUGAAGGAAAGACUAUUAAAAACAAAGAAGAGAUCCUUGCCCUCUUAACAGCCCUCUGGUUACCUAAAAUAUUGGCCAUUAUUCAUUGCCCAGGACACCAAAAAGAUGACACUCCAACUGCCAGAAGAAAGAAUCUAGCUGACCAGACAGCCUGA